GGCUAUAAAGUCGGCGGCGCAACUCAGAAGCGACAUCAACUCGAGCUAAACUCUAGCUUUCACCUGACCAGCGAUCCACUCGAUCCAGGAAAAGGAAGACUUAAAACUCUUUUUCAAGAUGUUCAAGAACGUGAUUUUCUUUGCCUGCACGCUCUUCUGGAGCCUGGCCGCGGCUCAGGAGUGCGACGGCCGCUGCUCGUGUCCAUCGACGCCCCCUGAGUGCGCGCCGGGCGUCAGCCUGGUGCCCGACGGAUGCGGAUGCUGCCGGGUGUGCGCCAAGCAGAUGGGCGAGCUGUGCACCGAGAGGGACGCCUGCGACACGCACAAGGGACUCUACUGCGACUUUGGCUCGCCUGUCAAUAGACGCAUCGGAGUAUGCACAGCACGAGAGGGCGCCACCUGCGUAUUCGGCGGGAUGGUGUACAAAAGCGGCGAGAGCUUCCAGAGCAGCUGCAAAUACCAGUGCACGUGCUUAGACGGCGCGGUGGGUUGCGUGCCCCUCUGCUCCAUGGACGUACGCCUCCCCAGCCCCGACUGCCCCGCCCCCCGCCGGGUGAAAAUUCCCGGCAAGUGCUGCGAGGAGUGGGUUUGCGACGCCCCGCGACACACCAACACCUUCAUGGGCUCCGUUCUACCCGCUUACCGUGAGGAGGAGACGUACGGGCCCGACCCUUCUCUAAUGAGGGAGAACUGUUUAGUUCAGACCACCGAAUGGAGCGCUUGCUCUAAGACCUGCGGUUUGGGCAUCUCCACAAGAGUCACCAAUGAUAAUCGCGAGUGCCGUCUGGAGAAGCAGACUCGACUGUGCAUGGUGCGACCUUGCGAGUCCCAUCUGGAGCAAAGUAUCCGAAAAGGGAAAAAGUGCAUCCGCACUCCCCGCCUAUCCAAACCCAUGAAGUUCGAAAUCUCCGGCUGCACCACCACCAAAUCCUACCGGCCCAAAUUCUGUGGCGUGUGCCUGGACGGCCGCUGCUGCACCCCUCACAGGACCACCACCCUCCCCAUGGAGUUCAAGUGCCCCGACGGGCAGGUGAUGAAAAAGCACAUGAUGUUCAUCAAAUCCUGCGCGUGCCACCACAACUGCCCCGGCGAGAACGACAUCUUCGAGUCCAUGUACUACAAAAAAAUGAUGGGCGACAUGGCGUGAGAAGCCCCACCCACACUGGCUUUUUCAAUUUUUUAAUCACUUGAAAACAAACUCAUCUCGCAGCUCCCGUAUAUACACAAGCCUGUUUUAUGUGCUUGCUUCGUCCAAGCGGUCACGCGCACCUUUUCGGUGUAGCGUGCGCUUUUUGCGCGUGUGCGGCUCGGUGCACUUUUAAGACAAGAGGGACAGAUUCCUGCACUAAUAUGUGGAAAACAAGCCCCCGUCCGUUUUUGACUGUUUUUUUUUGUUUUUUUUUUGACCUCCCCUCUAAAUGAGGUGUGUAACGACUAGGGGUGCGAUAAUAUAUCGCGAUAUUUUGUAGCCCGAAAGGUGAUCGAUAUGCUCCCGCCAAGAAUCGAUUUAUCGUUUUACUAUGACCCAUGUAUCGAUAAUUGUAUCGGCAUAUCGUGAGUUACCCAGAGGUUCCCACCCCCUAGUAACGACCCCGCCGACCCAGACCCGCCAACGCGGCGCACAACAGCGCUCAAUACGGGACUUGUCCAAAGGUCAGCGUUUCCGUCCGGACUCGAGUGGGCGUGACCACGGCACUGAGAAGAAAAAAAAAAAAGACUGGAAGAAUUGUUAGUUCAUUCCAAGAAGACGUGUGUAAAUGUUGUAUAUAGUUGUACAGUGUAAGUUAAUUUAAAAGCUGUCAUUGUUUGGCGAUUUUUCCUUAAAUGUAUCAAUAGUUGUGUUUUUUUUUUGUGUGUGCUUUUUUUGUGACGACAGUAUUUUUUAAUAUUUUAUUGAGCAGUGUGACAGAUUGUUACAUGUUUCGCUUUGUAGCUGGAAAUAAAAAUGUUAUAUUUUUUGAUACAAAAUCGAGCCUGUG